AGGGACAGGGUCAUUCAUCCUCAGCCGCAGGGCCUGGCUGGUGAAUUGGAUUGGAUUGGGCUGCCAUAAGUCGGACUCGCUACCCGUCCAUCUCACGCGGCUGGGCGUGCUGACUUGUCGCGUAUAUCAGUCAGCUUGUGCAUUUCCCCCAUCUUCUGAACUUGCACUGCACUGCAUUAUCGCACUGAAGUCGAGUCGAGUGAAUACCAACCCCCGCCAUGGCAUACAACAAAGGCUUCAAUCCGGAUAGGUUACCCGCGCACGCGGAGCCUGAGCAGGCCGCCGCAAUGCUCUCGCAAGGCCACCCCGCCGCGCGCCCCCCGCGCACCAGCUCCGCGCGUCCGGACUACAACAAGCCGCCGCCCACGGUCCCCAACUCGCGCGUCGACUACCGCCCAGAGGAGCGCUACGGCGGGCGUCCAUCUUCCUACGAGCAAAGACCCCCGCCCGGCGCAUUCACCAGCUCAAACACGUACGACGGCCGCUCCAACACGCCCCGCUACGACGCGCGCCAGGACACCAGACACGGCGUCGGCUCCCCCCCGCCUGCAAACUACGGCCACGGAUCGCCGCCGCAAGGCUACCAUGGACGACCGCCCAUUGCCGCCCACGCCAGGCCGCCGCCUACGCCUGCGCCGCCCAGAGACGGGAAUGAUCGCGAGGCGCUGUGGAGGCUGUUCGGCGCCGUGGACAAGGACAGAAGCGGCGCCCUCACCGAAGCCGAGCUCCGCACCGCCCUCGUAAACGGCGACUGGUCCCCCUUCGACCCCCACACCGUCCGCAUGAUGAUCCGCAUGUUCGACACCGACCGCUCCGGCUCCGUCAGCUUCGACGAAUUCUGUGGCCUAUGGGGCUUCCUCUCCGCCUGGCGCGGCCUGUUCGAUCGCUUCGACGCCGACCACUCCGGCAGCAUCUCAUUCGGCGAAUUCAACGAGGCGCUUGUCGCGUUUGGGUACCGCCUCUCGAACCAGUUUGUUAGCUUGCUGUAUCGCACGUAUGAUCGCAGCGGGCAGAAUGCGAUGAGCUUCGAUUUGUUCGUUCAGGCUUGUAUUAGUUUGAAGCGGAUGACGGAUGUGUUUAAGAAGUAUGAUGAGGAUCGGGAUGGGUAUAUUACGUUGAGUUUUGAAGAGUUCCUCACAGGUGCGCAAGCUUUAUUCCUCUUCAACUCUAUUUCCUCGACGACUGAUACCGGGCUUUAUUAGAAAUCAUCGCGCAGCGAUGAAAGUGGAUUGUCAGUUAGUUUCUAUUCGAUGCUGAGUACUUGGCCUUCUUUCGCGCUGGAUGGAUGGAUGGAUGGAUG